AGAGGCGCGGUAGAACAUUCCCGCGGGCAGCUACGAAAACCAGGCUCCAAAUAACUACCGUUAAGAACAAUACAAUCAAUCUAGUAGUCCGCUGGUUUUGACGUAUUUGCGACGAACAAUUCUGACCGGACGACUGUCAUAGUAGCCUGUGACAUUUUCGUUGAAAAUCUCCAGAUUGGUGGUUUAAAAUUUGCUCACUCCUCGUGCGAAGUUGUCCAGUUCGAGUUGGAAAUCAAUUUACGUGUUGAGUUGUGUAACUUCCCCUGUCGAUGGAUAUUUCAAAGGUUUUAAUCCGUCAGUUGAGUGCCCGCGAAUGGCGUCGGUUUGCUGCGUUUCGAAGUCUACCGGCCGACUCAAUCGACCCUGCCUUUCGGCAGCACAUUCUCGCGAACUACGACGUACACUUUUACGAGUACGGUGAGCUGGAACCGAGAUAUGGAACCUCCCCGAGGGAGCCGGUAGCGUUCUCGGUGGACGAACCGAAGCCGGGUCCAAGCAAAGAAGCAAGGUCCGAUGGAAAGCAGCACCAAUUAGCCGAUUUGGUUGCCGGCCACGGCUCCCAGGAAGGCGAGGAAGAUGAAACGCUACCGAGAUUGUCGGAGGAAGAGGUUCAAUUUAUAGAGGUAUAAAUUCCCGACCCGAGCUGUGACGCCCGAAGGCGGAAGCUUUGUUACAGUGUGUGGUUUUACUACCAAGGUCAUAUCCGUAUUACUAGAACACAAGAAUUGCAUGAAGUAUAUCCGUAAAACAGAAUGCUUCGACAACAAACCCCUACAAGCGUGUGGAGAGAGAUAAUAGCGAAGAAGAGCUCUAAUUGUACCCUUUUUUUCUCUUGUUGUUUUCCACAACCCCGU